UUUUUUUAGUGAGAAUGUGAUAUCCUUAAAAUCACUCCUUUUUCUUCAAAUUCAAACUAUGCUUUCUCCGUUUCUCAAGAAAAAAACUAUGCUUUCUCCAACCCCACUCUCUCUUUUGUUUGCUUUGCUGCUCUGCUUACCCUUAGCCAUACUAUUCACCAUCCCCAGGACCACCACCACCACCACCACCAACGCCAUCGCCAGCUACCUUCAAAACCCAGUUGAUGUUUUUAUUAGAAAAUCCGAUUCCACCAAGACCCACAAAAAGCUCAAAAUCAAAAACGUCAAUUCACUUCCACCACCACCGCCACCAGAAGAUGACGAAUCACUUCUCCGAGUUGCCGCCCGAGUCAAUCCCAGGCCCAUUCAUCCGAAGAAAAUGGCAUUCAUGUUUCUCACUACCUCGCCUCUUCACUUUGCUCCACUCUGGGAACUUUACUUCAACCAAACUCCUAAACAACUCUUUAAUAUUUAUAUACAUGGGGACCCGAGUUUUAACUAUCAACCGCCGUUUUCAGGUGUAUUCGCUCACCGAGUUAUCCACUCCAAACUGACUCAGCGCUUCACCCCUACUCUCACCUCGGCGGCGCGUCGUUUGCUUGCACAUGCGCUCCUCGACGAUCCUUCUAAUUCCAUGUUCGCCCUUCUCUCCGCAUCUUGCAUACCGUUACACUCUUUCAAUUUCACGUACGAGAUCUUAACUCGCUCAAAGAGGAGCUUCAUCGAGAUACUAAAAGAAGAGAUUUUCACAUAUGACAGAUGGUCGGCGCGUGGCGAGGAAGCGAUGCUCCCGGAGGUGAAGCUAGAAGAUUUUCGGAUAGGGUCGCAGUUUUGGGUACUGACACGUAAGCAUGCGAGGUUGGUUGUGGGUGACCAGAGGAUUUGGGCAAAAUUCAAUCGAACGUGCGUGAGGAUGGACACGUGUUAUCCAGAGGAAAAUUACUUUCCUACCCUUAUCAACAUGAGGGACCCAUUAGGAGCCACGUCGGCAACGUUGACUCACGUGGACUGGAGGGGUUGCCUCGAAGGUCACCCUCGGAUGUACGAGGCGAGUGAGGUGGGACCAGAUUUGAUCAGGGAGUUGAGAAACAGCAGGCCUAGAUACGGCUACGAUGGAAUCAACGGCACAGAUUUGGUUGUGAACCGACGAAAGGACCCAUUCUUGUUCGCUAGAAAAUUCUCUCCGGAGUCACUACAACCGUUGAUGAGUAUAGCGAAGGAAGCGAUCUUAAAAGAAUAGGAAUGACAUGAUGAAUGGCAUUGUCGUAAAUUAGAAAGGUUUCUAGGGGCAAAUGUAUAGAAGAUGGAAACUGUAAGAAAAGAUAAAUCAAGCGUUGUGUUGUUAUUUUUUAA